UUGCAACCCUUGAAAUUCCUUGUGUGGUAGAAUAAAAAAAACAUUUAAUCAAUAUAUAUCGCUGCCCUCAUUUAAAAAAAAAAUACCCAUUUUGGAGGAUGCUUUACAACAGCUAGGUGGAACAAGCCGUGCAAUAUUACGCAAAGACUGACAUCAUGUCUGAUAUCCAGGUAUAAGAAGAGGCUAUUUAGGGUUUAUCAGAGGAGUCCACUAGCAUGCUUGUCAACUUUGAAUUUAUGGAUGCUUCAGGAUGAAACGUCAUAGGUCCUCAAGCAGCAGUGACAGUUCUGACAAUGAGAGUCCGUCAACCUCCUUCUGUUCUUCCAACAAGUAUGGAAGCAAACCUGGAACCCCUGCGUCCAACCCAAAGAAACCGGCAGAAGUGUUCAGAAAAGACCUGAUCAGUGCUAUGAAGCUACCGGACUCCCACCAUGUCUCUCCAGAGGACUAUUACUUACUGGCAGAUACCUGGAGGCAGGAAUGGGAGAAAGGAGUUCAAGUACUCGCAAGUCCAGACACCAUCCCACAGCCUUCAGUCAGGAUUAUUGCAGAAAAGCCCAAGGAAGUGCUUUUCACUCUGCAGAAGAGGUACAUCCAGUGUUGGAGCAAAGAUUGCUCCGAGGUGGGGUGUGUCAACAUCAAGGAACUUGCGGAGAGCAUGUGUCGCUAUGACCUGGACGACAUGGACCUCUACUGGCUUCACGUGCUCAACACGGAGCUAAACCAUAUGGGUGAUGGGCCUGUUGACGAGCUGACAAUGGAGCGAGCCAUGGAGGCCCUGGAGAGGCAAUGCCAUGACAACAUGAACCACGCCAUAGAGACUGUGGAAGGGCUGGGAAUUGAAUAUGAUGAGGAUGUCAUCUGUGAUGUGUGUCGGUCCCCUGACAGUGAAGAGGGAAAUGACAUGGUGUUCUGUGACAAGUGCAACAUCUGUGUACACCAGGCCUGCUAUGGCAUAGUCAAAGUACCUAUUGGAAACUGGCUGUGCAGGACAUGUGUACUUGGCAUUGACCCACAGUGCCUUCUGUGCCCCAAAAAGGGUGGUGCAAUGAAGGCUACACGAGCAGGAACUAAGUGGGCACAUGUGAGCUGUGCCCUGUGGAUACCAGAGGUGAGCAUUGCUUGUCCAGAGAGAAUGGAGCCCAUCACCAAGGUAUCCCACAUUCCACCCAGCCGCUGGUCUCUCAUUUGCAGUCUCUGCAAAGUGAAGAUAGGUGCAUGCAUCCAGUGCUCUGUGAAGAACUGCACCACACCUUUCCAUGUGACGUGUGCCUUCGAGCACAGCUUGGAAAUGAAGACCAUUCUAGAUGAAGGAGAUGAGGUCAAGUUCAAGUCGUACUGCCUCAAGCACAGCAAAUCCAAGAUGGGAGAGCCUGGUCUGAGCCCAGCUCGCCCUAAACCCACAAGUGAGACUGAGAAGGUGGGCCAGCGGGCACAAAGGUUACUGGAGCUUGAAGAGGAGUUUCAUACUCUAAUACAGCCUGGGGAGCUGGCACAGAGCCUGGGACUCACUGAGCAUCUGAUGGACUUCAUCUACCAGUACUGGAAACUGAAGCGGAAAAGCAACUUCAACAAAGCUCUGCUGCCCCCUAAAGAGGAGGAGGACAAUCUGUUGCUGCAGCCUCAGGAGGAUAGCAUCCACACACGCAUGCGCAUGUUCAUGCACCUCCGACAGGAUCUGGAGAGGGUAAGAAACUUGUGUUACAUGGUGAGUCGGAGGGAGAAGCUGAAACUUUCCCAGAGUAAAGCCCAAGAGCAGAUGUUCAACUUACAUGUGAUGCUAAUGAACCAGGAAAUCUCUGCUGGUCUUCCUGCCUCAUUCCCUAUGGAGAGUAUGCUGUUCCGUCCUCCACCAAGGAUAACACUAAAGCUGAAGAUGCCAAAAGUGUCAAACCUGGGAAAUGGGAAGACCAGUUCCAAAUCUGGGAAUGGGCCCCUCUGUCCAGAUAACAGUGGGAAUGUUCACGAACACACUGGAGGAGGGUUGGGUCAGGGGAAGCCUCAGCUCCAAGGUCGAGGCAGGAAAGGGGAGUGCCACAAUGGCCUGCUGUCUUCCUCAAGCUUCUCCCAUAGAGAGGGCAGCACAAUGUUGCCCAUCAAACCAACUGGUAAACCCUUAGCUCUACAUGCUGCCCUUCAUGGCCACUCAUCUAAUGGUAAUGGAAAAUUUGAACAAGACCGUGGACAUGUUACCAAAGCUAAUGGCCUAAUGGAAAAGUUUGUUACCCAAAAGGAUAGUUCUUGCCAAACCCCAAACGAUAAGGGCUCCUCAAAUGAGGUGUUGGGCAGGGGGAGCCAAUCUGGCAACUUUCGUAAGUCUGCCAUGGAGCACUUCAGCAGGUCAUUCAAAGACGCUACUGUCAGCCUGGUACGGACUACAGAGGACAUGCAGCUCUCAGAUAAAAUGUCCCGCAAGGGCUCAGCCAAAGAGAAGCUGUGGCCCAAGUCCGGGUCUGAACACCAACCAAGCAACAAGCAGUCUUACCAAGAGAAUGAUGGCUACUGCCCUGACCUGGAGCUCAGUGACUCAGAACCAGAGACAAAAGGGAGGUACCCAAGGCAGGUGCGAAUAACACAGCCAGAGGGCCCAGUGGGUGACCACCGUAAAGCAGGCAGUCGGGGGAAACAAGUCCAGGGCUCCAGAAACUUGGUCCAGAGGUGACGUCUAGUUGUACAUUUCACCCACUGCCAUAACUUUCUCAAUUCCCCUCUGGCAGUCUUCCUAAGUGCCAGGACAUCCCUCUGAACACAUCACUCUCACUCUGGGCCCAGUCUGUCAGGUGCUAAUAAUCAGUGGGACAUGCUCUCAGGGACCCAAGCCAGGCCUUGAGGCUGACGGUGCUGUGUACAGAGACCUGAUGUAGGUAUUAUAUCCCAGAUCAUCGCUGAAAGAGGGUUCCUAUGUCAUCACUAUUGAGCUUGGUUUGAGAGGAGCAAACCUGUACUGUCUUCUGAGAUUAACACACUUUUUUGUCUUUCUUCAGUAACAUUACAUUUGUAACCUGCAUAUAUUUAUGAUAAACUGUCGCCUUCUAAACAUAGGUUAAACUUGGCUUUCACUAGAAUUGUACAUAUUCUUUUAGGAUGAUAUUUGAUUUGGGAUGUAAAUAAUUGGUGUAACUGAAUCAUGAAAGUUGAAUUCUACUGAUGCUUUGAACGUGAACUCAAACGUGGAAUUUAUGGUUCCUGUACAAUGUGUCCAUGUGUAGCCAUAACUUAAAACUCUGGCAUGUAAGAUGGAAAACUUGUAGUGAAUUUUAGCGUCUUCUGAAUGUAUGCUGUCUGUCGCAGUUAGCCUGUUUCCUAGGUGUGAUAAUGGUCUAACUAUUAACGACUUCUUAAGUCAUAUGUCUUCCUUUUUUUACAGGUCUGCCAUUUGUCAAGCAUGGGAGUAUUUGAAAAGAAAAACUUGUUUUUAUGUAGGAAUACAAAAUCACUGUAUUGGUCCUCUAUCAAGUUGUCUACAUUAUAACGGUCAUCUCUUGCUUUGCCAAGAGCAUGUGAUCUAAGGCAUUCAAGUUCUUGUCCCAACAGAAAAAAAGUCAGGUUAUUGGCCAGCAUAAUUGCAUUCCAGAUGUGUGUUAUACAAAAGUUAAGUACUAUAAAUACUGAUCAAGAAUCUCUGAUUAAGUAAUACAACUAUUUUGAACACGAACUCAAGAGAGAAGCCUGUCUCAGAUCAGUAGAUGACAGGUCCCAUUUUAUUCAUAGGCCCUGAAUCCAAUGCCAGAUAGUUUAAAUUUAGAUUGCAAAAGUUUUUGAAUGCACAUUGUAAAUUUUCCAGUUGUUGGAGUCACUACAUGGAGAUUAAAUUACCUGGUGUAACAGUCCACAAUGUAUUAUGUGAACUGAUCAACAGUAUGUGUAUUGCCAUCUCAAUGCCAGCAUUCUGACAAGAACACUUUACAUGAAGUUUUUUUAAGUGCUAUUUCACUUUGCUACAUUUCAUUUCCACCACAUAUCGACACACGACUUGCUGAGCAGUCAACCUCACAUCGGAUGCCCUUUGAAUAUUCAAUCUUGCAGCUGUCUUGAGGCUUUUCUCUCUGCUCUCAUGUAUGAUUCCAAACAAAGAGAAUUGCGUCUUGGAAAAACAACACAGCAUACAAAAUAAAUCCAAUAUCUGUUGCCUAACUUGAAUUUACUUGUAGGAGAAUUGUGAAAAUUACAAGUAUUUUUAGGCCAGUUAGUUGGGGAUGCAAAUAGUAUCACUGCUGAUAUCAUUGACAGCCAAAACUAAUCACUGUCUUGAUGCAACCAUAGGUGUACAUGGGCCAAAAAUUACAAAUAUGCCAAAGUGUAAUAUCGCUUUAAUUGCUGACAUACGAAUCUAACUAAUCUAUGAGUACAUGCUUCUUACUGUGUUGUUAAGCUCGGGUUGGGUGAGUUGGAAUCAAGUUUAAUAUUCGCUGCACUUAGUUGGGCGUCACAUUCCCCCCGUGCAGCAUUAAGGAAUACAGUGACGUAUUCAUUUAUGUCCAAUGAGACUCCAACAUGACUUUUUUUUUAUUGUGUUGUCUAAAUCUGCCAGCAGAAAUUACAAACACUACGAAUAUAUGUGGAUUGUAAACUGCAAAAGAGGUGCAUACUUUUAGUGUAACACAUUUUACAAUAAAACAAGGACUUAUGUAUUUUCACAUACUUUUAUGUUUUUCCUUUUGGAAAGUAUGUUUCUAAAUAAAUCCUGGAAAUACACUGAGA